ACGGGUCGGUCACGCCACGCUGGGUCGCUACCUCUUCAACGCCGCGCUGCCGCUGCCUCAGUACGGCGCCAAGUACCUUGUGAGCCACCUGCUGGCCUCGGGGGAGCAGCUGAGGGAGCUGCUGGACCAGGCGGUGACGGACCUGGACCACCUGGAGGCCGUGUGUCGGGUGGGCUACGUCUUCCGCCUUCACGCCGAGCUCGUCUCCGCACCCGAGCCCAAGAGCCGCGCCGUGGCUGACGUGGCCCGCUGGCUGGGCCUCAACUCCCACGUGCUCUGGGCGCACCCCUCCGCUGUCGUACAGCUGGCCAACCAGGCG